GGGAUAGAUUAUGCUGCACGAAAGGAAGCAGGAAAAGCACAUAGUUAUGUAAACACAAAAGCCACCGGCGAGAGUAAUGUGUACGCCGAAUGGACGACUGCUCCAUUGUAAUUCGUCCACUGCUGUGGUUCGCAGUGGGUGUGACUUUUUUAGAGGUUAAUUAACUCUGACACGAUAAAAUGUUAAGAUUAAUCUACGGGGUUCAGUUUGAGUGCGAGAUAGGUCACGUGGAAAUGACACGUACCGAGACAGGGUCAGUGUUCACGUCCCCGUCACCAGUUGCUCCAAGCAACUGAUGAUGGCGAGACAUGAGAACGUGGUUUAUGAUGUAGAUAAUUAUUAUUAUUAAGUGUAGUCGACGGUGUUUUAGUUGAUUUCGAAAUGGGUCAAAACGCUAGUUAGCACGGGAAAGUUAGCCAAACAACAUCCCGCUGUCAGCUAUGGGUGACAGGCAUGGCUGCAGAGUCGGUGAAGAGAUGACCUCUUGUCUGUAGCUGUCCCACCGUGGACAGCUUUUUACACCUUCAUGGCGUUUCCUGUCCAGUUCCUGUGCAAGGGGCUUCGCAGUGUGGGAUUAGUUCUACUCUACUACGCCUUCUCCAUUGGCAUCACCUUCUAUAACAAAUGGCUGAUGAAGGGUUUCCACUAUCCCCUCUUCAUGACGUUAGCUCACCUCACCGUCAUUUUCUGCCUGUCUGCUUUGACGCGGCGGGCCAUGCACUGCUGGACAGGGAAACCCCGCGUCAUUCUGAACUGGACAGAUUACCUCCUGAAAGUGGCACCGACUGCCUUGGCCACAGCUCUGGACAUUGGACUUUCCAACUGGAGUUUACUCUUCAUCACCAUUAGCUUGUACACCAUGACCAAGUCCACAGCAGUGCUCUUUAUCCUCUUUUUCUCCCUGGUGUUUAAACUCGAGGAGUCGAACCCAUUCCUGAUCGUGGUGGUCCUGCUGAUCUCCAGCGGUCUGUUUAUGUUUACGUACGAGUCGACCCAGUUCAACCUGGAGGGAUUCGUCAUGGUGUUGCUGGCGUCCUUCAUAGGCGGGAUCCGCUGGACCCUCACCCAGAUCCUCAUGCAGAAGUCCGAGCUGGGUCUUCAGAACCCCAUCGACGCCAUGUUCCACCUUCAGCCGCUCAUGUUCUUCGGCCUCUUUCCUCUCUUCCUGUUUAAUGAAGGUGUGAGCAUCAGUACCUCAGAGAAGUUGUUUCGAGUGACCGAGCUCUCGCCUCUCCUGUACUCGCUCUGCACACUGAGCAUCGGCGGCAUGCUGGCCUUCGGUUUAGGCUUCUCGGAGUUCCUGCUCGUCUCUCGGACCUCCAGCCUCACUCUUUCUAUAGCAGGGAUCUUUAAGGAGGUGUGCACUCUGCUUUUGGCCGCGUCUGUGAUGGGAGACAAAAUGAACGCGCUGAACUGGCUGGGAUUCACCGUGUGCCUCUGUGGCAUUUCACUGCACGUGGCACUCAAGACCUAUUAUUCCAAAAAUAAGGUCCCGUCUCUGCGGCAGCUGAGCAGCAGGAGCCCGGAGCUCGAGCUGCCGCUGCUGCAGCAGAGCAGAUACGACGCCGAGGAUUCAGCCGCCGAUGGGUACGGCGACGAGGAGGAAAUCACUCUGCACUGACGUCGCAGAGUACGGCCUUCUUCUGGACUCCUGUUGUCAUUCCACACGUUUUCUGUUGGACGACCAAAUGAGCUGCGAGUGCGUGCGCACUUCCCCCAAAAAAAGAAAGAACACAGCUCGGGACACACUGCCUCAAAAGAGAGGGAGCCACCCUCUCUUUAGCUCUUUACUUCCACUGAUUUGUCUCUUCAGGAAAGUAUAAGUUGUACAUUAACUGUGGACUUUGAACCUGACACACGUUUGUGUGGUUUCUGCCUUAAGGGCCUCUCUCUGAAGUGUUACUAACACAUGCAGCUGUCAGACUGUGAUGGAUGGGGAGAGGAAAUUUACAGCUUAAAAUGACACCUUGAAUUAUUGAGGGUCAUAUUUUCUUUUGCUAUUUACCUUCACUGUGUGGUACCUAAAUACCCACGUAUACGGGUACACGUCACUAACUGUGUCCCCACAGAAUCAGCUGUUAGGAGACAGAGAGCUCAUCUGCAGGUUCAUUUUCUCCACAAAUCGUAACUGCUUGGUCAAAAAAAGAAGAAAAGAAUCAUCACAACGUAACCUAAAGCCUUAAUAUUCAUCAUGGAGAGUUUUUUGCAACCAAAAUUGUCCCAAAACUCAAGAAUAUUGGAGGAAUAAAGUAGCAGAUGCUCCCUCUUGUGACGGUUGCUCACAUGACUGAAUGAUUAUCACAGUUUGUAUGUGUUUUAGUUGUCACUGAACCUGUUAAAUCAUGUGUCUUUGUUGUCAUUUGAUUGUUAGCUGGUGGCUAUGCUACCAGGUACUGACCAGAGACCGAGACACUAGGGGGUCUCGUAACGUCGGUAAACAAUUGUCCGUCUCAAAUGCUACUUUCAAUCUUCUUGAUGUCAAUUUUGUUAUUCAUGUUCCCAUUGUAGAGGAAUUUAGACCAUAAAGUUUUGUAUCAGUGUUAAUCCACGUGAUUGACGCCUGGUACAAUCCCGAACUUCCACCUGUAAACCCUCGACAUUGGGCGGACCAAAUCAUAAUUCUGGAGGCUUUCAAUGGGAGUUCAGAUCAUUCACUUGAUGCUGACACAUAAUUGGUGCUGACUGAGGAACCAGCAUGAAUCAUGGCUGCCAGUGGGGACGUAAUUAAAGAGUCUACCAUAUCUCGCUCACUCUGUGCACCAAAGUCUUUCAGAGAUCUUUAUAGAAAGGCACACAGGAGUUGUCGGUCAUCAGUGACUUCACACGUGUUAUUUGGCAUUUUAAGUCCUUGAAUCUGGUUUACCCCAUCCGACACAAACUUACCGAACAAGGCCGCAGUAGACCGGCGACACGUGUGUCCCUGCAAGUUAAAAAUGCGAUUUACAAACUUCUCUUUCCAGUCAGAAAAGCCUGUGAUAAAGUGGAAAUCACGUUCUUUAGAUAUCAUAGAAAGAAGCCAGCGUAGAUGGGUGUUGGCUUUAAUCUGUCCUCAUGUCUUCAGUCCCUGGUCUCACUCAGCACUGACUAUGUGUUUGCACCACAGUCAAGUCUCCCUUUAAGCCUUGUCCAUGGCUGAUGCCAUGAAGGAAGUCUGGGUGUACAUGUCCUAACAUUUGGACCUGGUUUUUAAUCACAGUCAAAAACAAUGAGAAGCUUCUUCAGAGGUGAGGACUUUAAUGAGUUUACAAAUGAACGGGUCAGCAGCUACAGAGACGUCAAACCAACUGUACCUUGAUGUGCCUUCUUAAUGUCUUAAAAGAGCUAUUUUCAUAAUGCGUUAUUAUUUAAAUCUGUGAGGAUGUCGCUGAAUUAAUUCAGUUUUAAGCCAUUGUAAUGUUGUAAUGAACUGGAAAUGAAGUUAAAACAAUUAAAGUGUGGAGCACA